AUGCCCUUCGGGUUGUCCAAUGCUCCAUCUACGUUCCAAGCCACUAUGAAUCUGAUUCUUAAGCCGUUCCUUCGCCGCUUUGUCGCUGUGUUUUUCGAUGACAUAUUGGUCUACAGUGCAUCCAUUUCUGAUCACAUUCGACAUCUCCGACAGGUUCUCCAGGUCCUACGAGAACACCAGUUCUUUGUCAAGCGAAGUAAAUGUACUUUCGGCCAAACAUCCAUAGAAUACUUAGGGCAUAUUGUAUCUAACUAUGGUGUCAGCAUGGACCUCGCCAAGGUUAAGGCUAUGCUGGAAUGGCCGGUGCCCAAUAACCUUAAGGAACUCAGGGGAUUCCUCGGCCUCACCGGUUAUUAUCGGCGCUUUGUUCGGUCAUAUGCCACCAUUGCUAGCCCUCUUACCGACUUGCUCAAGAAGGAUACUUUUGCUUGGACCUCUGUAGCCCAAUCUGCCUUUGACACAUUCAAGGCCGCCAUGACAAGUGCCCCGGUAUUGGCUCUUCCAAACUUUGUAGCAGAAUUUGUGGUCGAGACUGAUGCCUCCAAUUUCGGUAUUGGAGCUGUUCUUCUUAAAAGUGACCAUCACAUCGCCUAUUUUAGCAAAAAACUGUCACCGCGAAUGCAACACACUUCAGUUUAUGUGCGCGAGUUGUAUGCUAUUACAGAAGCUGUUAAGAAAUGGUGA